ACCCCAAGUUGGGAGGACGAGGAGGAAAAAAAACUUGGAGCAACAGAGUUGGUUGCAGUUUCUGCUCUGCUAAGCCGAGGAAGAGAAAAAAAAAAUAGGAAAAACUUGCAGCAGUGUUAUAAAUAUUGAACACAAAAUCGUUUGGAAGUGAAAUCGGUGAAAAUCAAUUGCAGAACCUCGGGGAAUGUCCUUCCGGGUGGACCUCUCGUCGGCGGCGGAAUCGGCUCAGAUGGGUACGGUGGAACCACAGGAGCGGAUCCGCCAGUUGGCCGCCCUCUCGAACAGUGUCGAGGUGGACGGAAACAUUCCGAUCAAGCGGUACUACCGUUCCGGGCUGGAAAUGGUCCGGAUGGCGGCGGUUUACCUCGCGGAAGGCAACGUCGAAUCGGCGUACAUUUUGUACAUGAAGUUCAUCACACUGUUCGUGGAGAAGAUUAAGGGCCACCCGGAGUUCAAGGCCGUUCCGGCGGACUUGAAGCAGCAAAACGUGAAGAAGCUGAAGGAAGUGUUUCCGGUGGCGGAAAAGUUGAAGGAAAGACUGCUGGAAAAGUUCCGGCGCGAGUAUCAGCAGUUUUUGGAGGCCAAGCGGAAGGCGGAACGGGAGCGGGAGGAGAAGCGGUUGCGCGAGGAACGGGAACGGGCAAAGGCCGGGACGAUUGUGACACCGACGCCGGCGAAGAUACCCGAACCUUCUGCCCCACCAUCUUCGAUGCUCGUCGACUCUGGGAUGCUCGAUCGGGUUCUCUACCCGAACGACUUCCCGUCGGACCCGAGUCGCUCCGCCGCUGGUCUGCUCCUGCCGGACGCCAAACCGGCCUUCGAUCGCACCCUUAAACCGUCGCCCACGUCGGUGCUGGCCGCCGGAACGCUCCGCUCUGUGACGGUACCAACCAACACGAUGGCCAAGUUCCUCCAGCUGGCGGCGCGCAACACGGCGACAAACGUCGAAACCUGCGGCAUUCUCGCCGGGAAACUUGCCCAAAAUAAACUCGUCAUUACGCACGUGAUUGUGCCGAAGCAGAAGGGAACGGCGGAUAGUUGCACGACAAUGUGCGAGGAGGACAUCUUCAACUAUCAGGACCAGCAAAACCUGAUUACGCUCGGGUGGAUUCACACCCACCCAAGUCAGACGGCGUUCCUCUCGUCGGUGGAUUUGCACACGCACUGCUCGUACCAGAUGAUGCUGGAGGAGGCGAUUGCGAUCGUGUGCUCGCCAAAGUAUCAGGAGACCGGCUUCUUCUGCCUAACGCCCAGCUACGGGCUGGACUACAUCUCCCAGUGUCGACAGUCGGGCUUUCAUCCCCACCCGAAGGAUCCGCCCUUAUUUAUGGAGGCACUGCACAUCACGCUUGAGGACAAGGUCAGCAUCGAAGUGGUGGAUUUGCGAUAAUUGCCGUGCAGAGAGUUUGUUCAGCAAAGUCAACGAAAAAAAAAAGGGUUGAAAUUCGUUCGAGAAGAAGACGCAUAAUUUUAGGCGCGAUAGGCAUAGAGACUGCUGUUUCUAUUUACAAAUUCCUAAUGAUAUAACACUAUAUAUUUACUAAGAAGAUUAUUGUGAGCAACGUUUAAAACUUAGCUUAGAAAAGAUGUUUUAUCGUGGUUACGACCAACUCGGAAAUGUAUUUAUUUUGUCUUACUUUAUGCUGA